GACCUGCGGGUUCGCUCGCUCGAAGAGCUAGCGUACGUGCGCGAUCGGUGAAAGAGUUGUACACGAGUUCAUCUUGGCGAUAAGAUUCGACCCGUAAUUUGACGGUUUCGGAUCAAAUUUUUACGGGCGUGAUUAUAGUGUGUUGUUCUGGUUCGCUUUCGCUUUCACUUUCACUUUCACUAUUCACUAUUCACUGUUCCCUCUCUCCCCCUUCUCUAGUUCUCUGCUCUCUCUCUCUCUACUUUGCACUUCCGCUGCGGAAAGAGCGAGAGAGAACAAACAAAAAGCGGGGGGCUAAUUCUCCACCGUUACUCUCUCCAGUUCGACAGAUCGAGCGAUGACUUCUUUCGGCGGGGGCGGCGGAGUAGGAGGAGGGCAGGGGGAGGAGCAACUGCAGCUACUCCGCCACCAACCGCAGAUGUACAGCUUCUACCACGUGCCGCAGCACAGCCGGCGCGAGAAGCUCCGUUUCCCGCAGGAUGACGAGCCGCCGCCGGUAGCCUCGAUUCUCCACGAGCAGUCGCCGCUCUACCCGGCUAAUUCCCUCGCGGCCUUUCUGCCCUCCGUUUCCUACCCUUACGGAGGCGAUGGGCACGUGGCCGGCGGCGCGUCGGUCCCGAUCUCCGGCAACCAGAUCCAAAAUCAAGGCUUCUCCCUCACGCUCUCCUCGCAGUCCCGGCCCACGCAGCUCGGGCCCUUCACUGGUUACGCCGCCGUGCUGAGCCGGUCGCGGUUCCUGGAACCGGCGCGGAAGCUUCUGGAGGAGGUGUGUCACGUGGAGGGUCAGGGAGUCAAAGGAUUAAACCCAGAGGUGGAUCCGCCGACUGAGUGGGCGCUGCCGGAGCACGGUGGGAAGGAGGGACAGCAGUGGAGAAACUCGAGGCUGCUGCUCUCCUUGCUCGAUGAGGUUUACAGAAGAUACAAGCACUACUACCAGCAAGUACAAACUGUCAUCACUUCAUUUGAAUCUGUUGCGGGAUUGAGUACCGCUGCGCCAUAUGCACUGAUGGCCCUUAGUGCCAUGUCUAGGAACUUCAGAUAUCUUAAGAACAGCAUAUCCCAUCAGUUUCAUCAAACAAGCAAGCGCCUCAGAGAUCAAGGCAUCAAUGGGGAUAAUAUUUCAAACAUUGGAUUGCUUGAAACUAGUCAUCAUCAUCAUCAUCAUAAUCAGAGAUCGACAUGUAGCCCAGCUGCUGCAUUUUCUCAACCACAUCCACAUGUUUGGCGGCCACAAAGAGGACUUCCUGAGCGUGCGGUGUCUGUGCUUCGAUCAUGGCUUUUCGAGCAUUUCUUGCAUCCGUAUCCUACUGAUGUGGACAAGCAGAACUUGGCCAAACAAACUGGUCUUACAAGAAACCAGGUCUCAAACUGGUUUAUCAACGCAAGGGUAAGACUUUGGAAGCCUAUGGUUGAGGAUAUCUACUCCCUGGAGAUGCGGCAGAAGAACAAAAUGUCUGCUGUCACCGAGGAACAACCUCAGCCGCCAUCGUCUUGCAUGACAAAUCCAGCUGAUGCUCAAUCGCUUCGUGGUGGUCAAGACAAUCGGUGCUCCUCGAGCAGAGGCAUCCAGGGUAAUAAUCUUGCUCCGAUGCCCAACCACAUCCACGAAUCAGUGCUCAAUUUCGUUGGCCACGACAUGUCGAACCAUGAUAAUGUUGGAGUUGGAAUUGGAGCCGGCAAUGGUUUAGCCAACGGAGUGUCUCUUACCCUCGGCCUGCAUCAAAACAACGGGGUUUGCUUCACUGAACCAAUUCCUCUCACUGUGCCUCGCCGGUUUGGCCUGGAUGAGUGUACUGAGACGUACAUGGCGAGUGCAUUCGGCGCAGAGCAAGAGAGGCAAUUGGUGAAGGACGUGGGCGGUCGUUUACUGCAUGAUUUCGUCGGGUAAGUGACAUAGAUAUAUAUAUAUAUAUUAAGCCGAAUCCUUUAUGAAUCUUGUAAGAUGAACUUUUAUUUUGAUGUUUUACUAAUUAAUGUCAAUUAUCAUAUACAAAAACGUCAGGCCUCAUAGCAGAGCUCUUAAGGUUAAUUUUGCAUCCAACAUUAUUUAAAUAAUGGGCAGAGUAAUAUUGUCUUUUGUAAA